AUUGGACAUACCCUGAGGACUUCUGCUCCCUGAAAUCACGAAUGGAGCAGAUUGAGAAAUCAAAAGCAUAUGCUGAAAAAGGACUCUUAGCAAAAAUAAAGCUUUGCCUUUCAAAGAAGCCACUGCCAUCUCCCACCUACCGAAAGAAGUUUGACCACGACUUUGCCAUCUCCACUUCCUUUCAUGGGGUACACAAUAUUGUUCGGAAUAAGAGCAAAAUUCGCAAGGCGAUCUGGUUGAUGGUGGUCCUGGGCUCAGUCUCUCUCCUGGUAUGGCAGAUCUACAGUCGCCUGGUCAACUACUUCACAUGGCCAAUCACAACGUCCAUAGAGGUUCAGUAUGUGGAAAAGAUGGAGUUCCCAGCUGUGACAUUUUGUAAUUUAAACAGGUUCCAAACAGAUGCUGUAGCCAAAUUCAGUGUUAUCUUUUUCUUGUGGCAUAUUGUGUCCAAAGUUCUCCAUCAUCAGGAAAUCAGUGCCAAUUCCACUGGCUCUGAAGAGGCUGCUGAUUUUGUUAAAAGUCACCAAAACUUCAGCAUUGCAGAAUUUAUCAGGAACAAUGGGUUUUAUCUCAACAGCAGCACUUUGCUGGACUGUGACUUUUUUGGAAUGCCAUGUGGUCCAAAGGAUUUUGCACAUGUCUUCACUGAAUAUGGAAAUUGUUUUACUUUCAAUAAUGGUGAAACUAUUCAAGCAAAUAAAAAAGUGAGUGUCUCCGGAAGAGGCUUAAGCUUGCUCUUCAACAUCAAUCAGGAGGAAUUCACUGACAACCCAGCUCUUGGUUUUCUUGACGCUGGGAUCAUCUUUGUUAUCCAUUCGCCAAAGAAGGUGCCACAGCUUGAUGGCGUAGGCUUGUCAACACCUGCAGGGAUGCACGCUCGGGUAACCAUGCGCCAAAUGAAGACAGUUCAUCAAGAAUAUCCUUGGGGAGAAUGCAAUCCUAACAUCAAGCUGCAGAAUUUUAGCAACUACAGCACUUCCGGUUGCUUGAAGGAAUGUAAAGCCCAGCACAUAAAAAAGCAAUGUGGAUGUUUGCCUUUUCUGCUUCCUGGAAAUGGGAUAGAAUGUGACCUACAAAAGUACUACAAUUGUGUUACUCCUAUACUUGACCACAUUGAACUUAAGGAAUUAUGUACAGUGGGAACACAUAAUUCUAGCUGUCCUGUGUCUUGUGAAGAAACAGAAUACCCCGCCACUAUUUCUUAUUCCAGUUUCCCAAGUAAAAAAGCUUCAAAAUAUCUCUCCAAGAAGUUGAAUAAAAGCCAGAAAUAUAUCAGGGAGAAUCUUGUAAACAUUGAAAUAAACUAUAGUGAUUUGAACUAUAAGAUAACCCAGCAGCAAAAAGCAGUGAGUGUGCCUGAAUUACUUGCAGAUGUUGGUGGUCAGCUGGGCCUAUUUUGUGGGGCCAGUAUAAUUACAAUUAUAGAAAUUAUUGAAUAUAUAUUCACCAAUUUUUGCUGGGUAUGCAUUUUCUUUUUGAUGAAGAUACCUGAAAUGACCCAGUGGACUCCUCCACCUCAGAAUCAUCUGGGGAAUAAAAAUAGAAUAGAGGAAUGUUAAUGUUAAUGUUUACAUAGAAUAAAAGCGUUUGCUUUUUUCUUCACAAUACCUUCAGAUUUAUCAUGACUAAUUCAUUGUUAUGUAACUUCAUAAUGUAGUCUUGGGGUUCAAUAAAAGCCAAUGAAGAUAUGUGUCUCUU